AUGCGACAGAAACCAAGAAGACGAUUCUACCGUCGCAAAAAUACCCAGUGCAAGAACGUUGUCACCUUCGCCGCUGAGAACGCUGGAACCUACCUCGGUGUCAAUAUCAGGGGACGUUCUCUACGCUUCCAGCUCGACACAGGCGCAGAUAUCACGUUGGUAUCAUGUCGAACGUGGAAAAAGCUCGGAUCUCCACCCUUGGAACCCUGUAUCAUGCCAGUCAACACGGCAGAUGGAUCACCGAUGAAGAUUGAUGGAAGAUUCUCCACAGACUUCUUUGUCAGAGGCCGGACAACAGGGAAGAACAUCCUAGGUAAUGGAACUUGUUACGUCACCGAAGGCACGAAUCUGGUAGGACUGGAGUGGUGUAUUCAAUUUCGAGCGUAUAAGGAGUUGAAAAACCAAUACCACUGCCGAAUGGUGACUAAAGAAGAAGCAAACCGCGAGGAAAUCAUCGCAGACUUGAAGAAGCAAUACGCAGAAGUGUUCAAGUGCGGAAUUGGCAGAUGCGUCGAGACUAAGGCGAAGAUGUUGUUGAGGGACAACGCGGUACCUGUUUUCAAGGAGAAGCGACCACCACCCUAUGCCUUCGUGUCGGAUUUGGAUGCUGAAAUUGAUCGACUGGUUGCCGAAGAAGUGAUCUCGCCAGUAGAGCAUUCAGAAGGAUUACGAGCCUGUGCUGAACGUGCCUUGAAGCUGUGUAUGACAAACUUGGAUCGAAUUUCGAAGACUACCAAGGAACUGUUGGAAAGAAGCAGGACUUUGAUGCUUGAUCCGAAUGCAUCGCACAUUGAGCGGCAGAAGAAGAUUCUGGAAGCAGCACAAAGAAGAACGAGUCUAAAGAAGUGCCGCAGGGAUCUCCGCGAAUAUAAUAUUCCGCUAGCAACCUUGCUGAGCGAAGACAGGACUCGCACGUCUUCUCGUCGUGAGAUGGAAAUAAUUACGAAGAGGCUCUACUCGAAUCCUUUCCGUUCAUCAACUCCUAUGUCAAGCCCGACUAUCCCCACUGGUGGAGCUCCACGACGGAUUCUCCUUUCAGAAGUACGAGUCGCUAUCAAGAGCAUGAAACCCAGCUCCCGGACCUGA